CAUCAUCGCCCAAACGCCCACAGAAUGUACACAAUGUUUAGGAAACAUUUUCGGCGAAAAUCAACGUCGGAAUCUGGCGAAGAAACAGCAUCCGAAGACAGCCUGAGAAUGUCUACAAGGGCGGCGACAAAGAGACAGCGCCUGAGGCCCCGGACUCUCCUUCCUUCGCCGCUUGUCGAUUGUCGAUCAUUAAAGUCUGCCUGCAACUUAAUUGCUUUAAUUUUAAUACUGUUAGUCCAUAAGAUAUCCGCAGCCGGUAACUUCGAGCUGGAAAUAUUAGAAAUCUCAAACACCAACAGCCAUCUGCUGAGCGGCUAUUGCUGCGGCAUGCCAUCGGAAUUAAGGGCCACCAAGACGAUGGGCUGCUCACCAUGCACAACGGCAUUCCGGCUGUGCCUGAAGGAGUACCAGACCACGGAGCAGGGUGCCAGCAUAUCCACGGGCUGCUCAUUCGGCAACUCCACCACCAAGAUACUCGGCGGCUCCAGCUUCGUGCUCAGCGAUCCGGGAGUGGGAGCCAUUGUGCUGCCCUUUACGUUUCGCUGGACGAAGUCGUUUACGCUGAUACUGCAGGCGUUGGAUAUGUACAACACAUCCUAUCCAGAUGCGGAGAGGUUAAUUGAGGAAACAUCAUACUCGGGCGUGAUACUGCCAGCGCCGGAGUGGAAGACGCUGGACCACAUCGGCCGCAACGCCCGGAUCACCUACCGCGUCCGGGUGCAAUGCGCCGUUACCUACUACAACACGACCUGCACGACCUUCUGCCGGCCGCGCGACGAUCAGUUCGGCCACUACGCCUGCGGCUCCGAGGGUCAGAAGCUCUGCCUCAACGGCUGGCAGGGCGUCAACUGCGAGGAGGCCAUCUGCAAGACCGGCUGCGAUCCCGUCCAUGGCAAGUGCGAUCGACCCGGUGAAUGCGAAUGCAGACCCGGCUGGCGAGGUCCCCUGUGCAGCGAGUGCAUGGUCUAUCCCGGCUGCAAGCAUGGGUCCUGCAACGGCAGUGCCUGGAAGUGCGUCUGCGACACCAACUGGGGCGGCAUACUGUGCGAUCAAGAUUUAAAUUACUGCGGCACCCAUGAACCCUGCAAGCAUGGCGGCACCUGCGAGAACACCGCCCCGGACCAGUACCGCUGCACAUGCGCCGAGGGACUGUCGGGCGAGCAGUGCGAGAUUGUGGAGCACCCGUGCGCCACGCAGCCCUGCCGCAACGGCGGCACAUGUACGCUCAAGCCCAUGAAUGCAACGCGACCGCCAAUGUACCGCAUCAUGCGCGGCAUGGGCUCCCUGGGAAAACCGAUAAGCCGCCGCGAAUCAAUCCGCAGCCUGGAGCACCUGCGCCUCAAGGAGGACGCGGCGCGGAAUGGCAGCGGCCCGAGCCUGGGACGGGGGGCAGUGAGCCUUGUGGCCCAGCAGCAGCAGCCACUGAUGACGCCGCCGGCCGCCGGCUUCACUUGCGGCUGUGCGGCCGGAUGGACGGGACCGACAUGCGAAAUAAACAUCGACGAGUGCGCCGGGGGUCCCUGCGAGCAUGGUGGCACUUGCGUGGACUUAAUCGGCGGCUUUCGCUGCGAGUGUCCGCCGGAGUGGCGCGGCGGCGUCUGCGAGGAGGACUUCAACGAGUGCGAGGCACCGCAUGCUCCGGGACUGCCGCCCAACUCCCUGCUGACCACCACGGCCAGUGCCAUUAUUGGAGGGAAUCUGAGCAGCUCCGAGCUCCUCGCGGCGCUGACCCGCGCCGUGGAGUCCUCGGCCUCGGCGAUCGGACCCUGCAUCAAUGCCCGGGAGUGCCGCAACCAGCCGGGCUCCUUCGCCUGCGUCUGCCUGGAGGGCUGGGGCGGACCCACCUGCGCCGAGAACCUGGACGACUGCAUGGGCCAGUGCCGUAACGGAGCCAGCUGCAUUGACCUGGUCAACGACUACAAGUGCGCCUGUGCCCCCGGCUACACGGGCCGGGACUGCGAGACGGACAUCGACGAGUGCGCCACCUCGCCCUGCCGCAACGGGGGCGAGUGCCAGGACAUGGUGGGCAAGUUCAACUGCAUCUGCCCGCUGGGCUACUCGGGAUCCCUGUGCGAGGAGGCCAAGAACCACUGCGCCUCGUCGCCCUGCAUUCAGGGCAGUUGCCACAACACGCCCGGCAGCUUCUAUUGCUACUGCCCACCGGAUCGCGCCGGCAAGCUGUGUGAGCAACUGCGUCCGCUCUGCUCCCAGCCACCUUGCAACGAGGGCUGCUUUGCGAAUGUCACUUUGGCGGCAACCGGGCAACCAUCGUCCUCAGCCACGACUUCCACUUCGAGUUCCGCCACCUCCUCCACCUCCUCCUCCUCCUCCUCCUCCUCCGUGGCCAGCACGAUGACAACGCCGAGCGGUUUGCCCUGCAGCGGGCAAGGCAGCUGCGAGACGGGCGACGCGGGAACCUUCUGCAAGUGCCAUGUGGGCCACACCGGCACCUUCUGCGAGCACAAUCUCAACGAAUGCUCGCCGAAUCCUUGUCGAAACGGGGGAAUUUGCCUUGACGGCGACGGCGACUUUACAUGCGAGUGCAUGUCGGGCUGGACAGGUAAGCGGUGCUCGGAACGCGCCACCGGCUGCUAUGCCGGGCAGUGCCAGAACGGCGGCACCUGCAUGCCCGGAGCCCCAGACAAGGCCUUGCAGCCCCACUGCCGCUGUGCUCCCGGCUGGACGGGACUCUUCUGCGCCGAGGCCAUUGACCAGUGCCGCGGGCAGCCGUGCCACAAUGGCGGCACCUGUGAGUCGGGCGCGGGCUGGUUCCGCUGCGUCUGUGCCCAGGGAUUCUCCGGUCCGGACUGCCGCAUCAAUGUCAAUGAGUGCUCGCCCCAGCCUUGCCAGGGCGGAGCCACCUGCAUCGACGGCAUUGGAGGCUAUAGCUGCAUCUGUCCCCCAGGACGACAUGGUCUACGAUGUGAGAUAUUGCUCUCUGAUCCCAAGUCCGCCUGCCUGAACGUCAGCAACACCAUCUCCCCGUACACGGCUCUGAACCAGAGCCAGAACUGGCUGGACAUUGCCUUGACCGGAAGAAGGGACGACGACGAGCACUGCAAUGCCUGUGUCUGCGAGAAUGGAACCUCCAGGUGCACUAACCUCUGGUGCGGACUGCCCAAUUGCUACAAGCUGCUGGAUCCCCUGUCCAAGUCCUCGAAUCUCUCCGGCGGCGGAGUGUGCAAGCAGCACGAGGUAUGUGUCCCAGCGCUGGGCGAGACCUGCCUCUCGCCGCCCUGCAAUCUGCGUGGGGAUUGCCGUGCCCUGGAGCCAUCGCGCCGCGUGGCUCCCCCCAGUCUGCCGGCCAAGGCCAGCUGCUGGCCAAACCAGGCGGUGGUCAAUGAGAACUGUGCCCGGCUCACCAUCCUCUUGGCUUUGGAGCGCGUCGGCAGAGGGGCCUCUGUGGAGGGUCUGUGCUCCCUGGUGCGCGUCCUGCUGGCCGCUCAGCUGGCCAAGGAGCCGGGCAGUACUGGCGGUCAGGAGGGGCAGCAGGGAAUGCUCAUGGUCCUGUGCGAUCUCAAAACAGGCACCAAUGACACCGUCGAGCUGACUGUGUCCUCCAGUAGACUGAAUGACCCGCAGUUGCCGGUGGCGGUGAGACUCUUGGGCGAACUGCUCAGCUCCCGGCAGCUGAACGGCAUCCAGCGGCGCAAGGAACUGGAGAUGCAGCAGCUCCAGCUGGCGGCUCUAACCUCCAUUGUGGAGGUGAAGCUAGAGACGGCCAGCGUGACGGAUGGGUCGCGGCACAGCCUGCUGAUCGGAGUCCUUUGCGGCGUGUUCAUUGUCCUGGUGGGUUUCUCGGUGUUCAUCAGCCUCUACUGGAAGCAGCGGCUGGCCUAUCGCAGCAGCUCGGGCAUGAACCUGACGCCCUCCCUGGACGCCCUGCGGCACGAGGAGGAGAAGUCCAACAACCUGCAGAAUGAAGAGAACCUGCGUCGCUACACGAAUCCUUUGAAGGGAAGCACUAGCUCCUUGAGAGCAGCCACCGGCAUGGAGCUGAGCCUGAAUCCCUCGCCCGAGCUGGCAGCAGCGGCCAGUGGCUCCGCCCUGCACCGCUCCCAGCCGCUGUUCCCGCCCUGCGACUUCGAGCGGGAGCUGGACUCCAGCGCCAGCCUGAAGCAGGCGGCGGCCCACAAGCGCAGCUCCCAGAUCCUGCUGCACAAGACCCAGAACUCGGACAUGCGCAAGAACACGGUGGGCUCGCUGGACAGUCCGCGCAAGGACUUUGGCAAGCGCUCGAUCAACUGCAAGUCCCUGCCACCCUCGCCGGGUGACGAGGUGGGCCCCGAUGUACUGGCCACCACUGUUAUGGUUUAGCCAUGAUCUCACCAACCCAUCAGCCAAGCAAUCAAUCCAGCAAGCAAUCAAUCAAUCAAUCAGCAACCAUGCAGCCGCCCACAGCCACAGCUCAAAGUUCCAAUUGCCACAGCACGGGCGCGAUUUCCAAGUGCAUUAGUAGCGUUAUGUUAAAGUAUAAAUCGAAUUUAGGUAUAGAGGGACUCCACACGGGGAAGGGCAUACGUAAUCUUGCAUCUAAUCUUGCUAGAAAGGGUGGGUUUUACUCUUUGGACAGUUCUUGGUAAUUUUGGUAUAGUUUUUCAACCAUGUAUUUAUUUAAUUA